AGUUUGUCUGCAACAAUGUGGAUCUAUUUUCUGUUAUCUGCCAUAGCGCUUCUUACACUCCUAGUUCGACGAAAGUAUUCCUAUUGGAAAUGUCGCGGUGUGCCGUUCAUCCAACCACGUUUCCCAUUCGGAAGCAUUACACCCGUUGGAGAUCGUGUCCAUUCGUCGCUACUGAUGACUCGGUUCUACAAUCAACUAAAAGGCACCCAUCCCUUCGCCGGAAUGUACUUCUUCACCAAUCCGGUUGUGCUGGCCCUAGACCUUGACUUCAUCAAGAACAUUCUUGUUCGGGAUUUCCAAUACUUUCAUGAUCGAGGGCUCUACCAUAACGAGAAAGAUGAUCCCUUAACAUGUCACCUGUUCAACAUUGAGGGAACCAAGUGGACCAAUUUGCGACGAAAGUUGCUUCCGACCUUCUCGUCCGGAAAGAUGAAAAUGAUGUGCCCUACGAUACUGGAAAUAGCCGAUCGGUUCCGUACGUCCGUUGAAAAGUGCCUCACUGAACAAACCGAAAUCGAAAUGAGAGAUUUCUUGGCUCGAUUUACCACGGAUGUGAUUGGAACGUGUGCCUUCGGAAUCGACUGUAACAGUUUGGAGAACCCUGAAGCAGAGUUUCUCAAAAUGGGCAACAAGAUAUUCGAGGUACCAACGAGUCGAAUCAUUGCGUACUUUUUCGUGUCAACCUUCAAGGAACUAUCUAAGAAGUUACACAUCAAAGCAGUACCGAAUGACGUGUCGCAAUUUUUCUACAAUGUCGUUCGGGAAACCAUUGCUUUCCGUCAGAAUAGUGGUGUCCAGCGGAACGAUUUCAUGAACUUGUUGAUGCAGCUGAAGGAGAAAGGUGAGCUUGAAGGUUCGGAUGAGAAGUUGGGUACACUGACGUUGGACGAGGUGGUUGCUCAAGCGUACGUGUUCUUCCUGGGAGGAUACGAGACUUCUAGUACAAAUAUGUGUUUUUGCUUGUAUGAGCUGGCCUUGAACGAGGAAAUUCAGGAAAGAGCUAGGGAAUGUGUUCAAAGGGCGGUGGCCAAGCACGGUGGUUUGAACUACGAAGCGCUGAUGGACAUGCCUUAUUUGGAACAGUGUAUUUUCGAGGCUUUGAGGAAAUAUCCGCCCAUCGCCAAUCUGUUCCGAAGCGUCACCCAAGACUACACUGUCCCCAACUCGAACGUAACGCUUCCCAAAGGAAUGAACGUUUGGGUUCCAGUAUACGCCAUCCAUCACGAUCCGGAGUUCUUCCCGAACCCGGAAUUGUACGACCCCGAUCGGUUCACCCCGGAACAAUGCGCCAAAAGGAAACCAUUCACGUACAUGCCAUUCGGCGAAGGUCCCCGUACCUGCAUCGCCACACGAUUCGGCAUGAUGGAAACGAAAACUGGUCUGGCAACACUGCUGAUGAAUUUCAAGUUCGCGAAAGCUGCUCGACUGCAGGUCCCGCCAAAGUUUUCCACCAAGCACGUUAUGUUGACUGCGGUGGGGGGAUUGUGGGUGAAGGUGGAGAAGAUUGGGAAGUGAACAAUGAAUUAAAGAUAAUUUAUGCUCGUGACCUAGGUGAUGUGUUUACGGUUUGUUUUGUAAAUGGUUCAUUAAUAUUUAUAUUCUAGGGAUUCCCUUCGCCAACAAACAUGUUAUUAUGUCGCUCUGAAUGUUUGAAAACAAAGAUUGUCAAUAUUUUGUGUAUGCUGAGUGCUGAUGUAUUCAUCUGUGGAGGUAUAAAGGUAAUCUCUCUUUAUAAACAACGAGUGUUUCCCCGAUGACCAGUUUCAGCCAUAAGCACCCAGGGUAUAGUAGUGGGUUGAAAUGAAAGAUUUUCAUCCUGGGUGGUCGACUUCCUUGAGUUCCUUGAGCGAUGUCCUGCUGGGUUUCAAUAUAUCGCUUGUUUACGGUUUUAGUUUCCCCCUCUGCACGCCCCACUUCCACUCACGAACUUCUGUUUUGAAUUCCUCCAGAGAUUUCUCCAGAAAUUCUUCAAGGGAGUUCUCUAGGAACACCUGCAGGAAUUCCUCAAAAUAUUUAUCCAGGAUUCCUUCAGGCAUUCCUCCAGAAUGUAUGAAGGCAUCUCUGGAGGAUUUUGUGUUACAGCUAGAAUUCCUUCAGGAAUUAUUUCAGGAAUUUAUUUAGGAAUACCUUUAAAAAUUCCUACAGUAAUUUAUUAAGGAAUUUCUAUAGCAAUUUCUCCAGGGAUUUCUCCAGGAAUUAUCCAUGCAUUCCUUCCAGAAUUCCUUCAGGCAGUCCCCCAAAAAUUACUUCUG